GAGACCUCUUCACUGACUCGCUCCUCUUCUAUGACGCCGUAGCAGCCGAGCCUCUGCCGGUUCGUUCCCCUCACUGUGCAUAGCUGGCUGCGUGCUGCACAUCGCCUUCAUCGGGAGACAAAGCGAGGCAGAGGUAACACAGGAGCGAAUCUACACCUGUCUGUGGAUUUAAAGAGCGACGAAGAGGAUUUGAAAUUGUCAGUGCUGCGACAGGGAUCCGCUCCACACCGCUGGUCAGAUAAGAGAUCCCAGUGGGAACAGGUGUUGCUCCUGACUCACGUAAACUUGAGCAAACAUCAGCGCAGGAGAGCUGGAAGUGCACACAGCCCGAACUCUUCUGCAGAGGGAGUGUUUGCUCAUAGAGGUGGGAUCCUUGUGGCCGGCCCAGAUUGGAAGGACGUACAAAGUUCUGGUUCUGUGGGUUAGGUGCUGUGAGCAGAGACUUCAGGAACCGAGCCAAAGGACUGUUGUCACGGCAUGGACGAGUUUGAUAAUGCCAUACCGUCUGUGUUGUCAGACCAUGACAGCCUGAAGAUGCAGGCAAGGCACACAAAACUUUGGGCAACAUGUACAGGAAAUCCAAUGCAAAAUCCAACCACAGCAACAUUGCUCAGAUUUUGGACCAUCAUUGAUCAUUGAUGCAGAUGUUACAAGGGAAGAGGACAGGCCCACAACAAUAAUUUGAGGCAUACCCAUGCUUCAAAGACAUUUAAAAUGUGAGAGGUCAGUGAAAGCAGCAGUACCAGUGGAUGGAGAUGAUGUCCAUGCAAAUGAGUGAGGCAGACAGCGUGGUGAAGGUGGCAGAGUGGCAGCAGACUUACUAUGCCACAGACUCUGGCAUCCAAUCGGGAGCUACCACAGUGCAGGAUGACGAGAGCAGCACUGAGUAUAGUGGCAACAAGAAGUACACAAACAGUACUACAACCAGCACUGGCUCUGUACCUGUUAAGGCCACAGUGGGGGGAGGUGGAGACUCAGCAUUCAGUGGAGUAGAUAGCCCAACAGAUUUAGAAGCUCAGUACUCUCUUACCCGGGCUCAGCGGGUCAGGGCUGCUAUGUUUCCAGAGACUCUGGUAGAAGGGGAGGCAGCCAUGCCUGUCCAGUCAGAUCCCUCGCAGCAGAGCAAUGUGCAACGACUGGCGGAACCUUCCCAGUUGCUAAAGACAGCUCUUGUCCACCUGAUAAACUACCAAGAUGAUGCUGAACUGGCCACCAGGGCAGUGCCAGAACUCACCAAGUUGUUGGGAGACGAGGAUCCGGUUGUCGUGAACAAGGCGGCCAUGAUUGUCAACCAGCUAACCCGUAAGGAGGCCAGUCUCCGUGUGCUGGUGCAGUCUCCAGCCAUGGUGGCUGCCGUGGUGUGUGCCAUGACGACAGCAGCUGACAUGGAGACGGCUCGUUGCACAGCCAGUGUGCUUCACAGCCUAUCGCACCAGAGGGAGGGACUGCUGGCCAUAUUCAAGGCUGGAGGGAUACCAGCACUGGUCCGAAUGCUAAGUUCACCAGUAGAAUCAGUCCUAUUUUACGGAAUUACCACUCUUCACAACCUGCUGUUGCAUCAAGAGGGAGCUAAGAUGGCUGUGCGUCUUGCUGAUGGCCUGCAGAGAAUAGUUCCCUUAUUGAAAAAGAGCAACCCAAAGUUUUUAGCCAUUACUACAGAUUGUCUGCAACUCCUGUCCUACGGAAACCAGGAAAGCAAGCUGAUUAUUCUAGCCAAUGGGGGUCCAGAGUGUUUGGUUUUCAUCAUGAGAAACUACAACUAUGAGAAGCUGCUUUGGACCACAAGUCGUGUUCUUAAAGUGCUGUCUGUCUGUCCCAGCAACAAACCAGCUAUAGUAGAAGCUGGAGGCAUGCAGGCUUUGGGGCAACAUCUUACAGGGUCUAGCCAGCGUCUGAUCCAGAACUGUCUAUGGACACUCCGUAAUCUGUCAGACGCAGCAACCAAACAGGAGGGAUUAGAUGGUCUGCUGCAGAUACUGGUCACUCAGCUGGGCUCAGAUGAUGUGAACAUGUUAACCUGUGCCACAGGCAUUCUGUCCAACCUGACAUGCAAUAACUCACGCAACAAGACACUGGUGACUCAGUAUGGUGGAGUGGAGGCAUUGAUCCAUGCUGUGCUUCGUGCUGGGGAGAAGGAGGAUGUCGCUGAACCUGCGGUCUGCGCCCUGCGGCAUCUCACCUCCCGCCACCAAGAUGCGGAGCUCGCCCAGAAUGCUGUGCGUCUGCACUAUGGUAUCCCAGCUAUUGUUAAACUACUGGGCCAGCCCCACUACUGGCCUGUAGUAAAGGCCACAGUUGGACUCAUCCGGAAUCUGGCACUGUGCCCAGCUAAUCAGGCAUCACUGAGAGAGGCAGGUGCAAUUCCACGACUGGUGAACCUGCUGCUCAAAGCUCACCAGGAUACACAAAGACAUGCCUCCUCUACACAGCACACAUACCAGGAUGGCGUUCGCAUGGAGGAAAUAGUAGAGGGCUGCACAGGAGCGCUUCAUAUUUUGGCCAGAGACCCUAUAAACAGAGGAGAGAUUUCCAGCAUGCAGACCAUACCACUGUUUGUACAGCUGCUGUAUUCGUAUGUGGAGAAUGUGAAAAGAGUGUCUGCAGGAGUACUGUGUGAGCUAGCCCUGGACAAACACUCUGCAGAGCUCAUAGAUGCAGAAGGAGCAUCAGCACCACUCAUGGAGCUGCUGCACUCGAACAACGAGGGAAUUGCUACCUAUGCCGCAGCAGUGUUGUUCCGCAUUUCGGAAGACAAGAGUUCCGACUACAGGAAGAGAGUGUCAGUGGAGCUUACACAUUCGCUGUUCAAGCAUGACCCUGCUGCCUGGGAAAUGGCCCAUACUGCAGUUCCUUUGGAGCCUACGUAUCUUCCAGAUGAGUUAGAUGGCUCUUACCCCCCAUAUGGCUAUGCUGAUCUGCCACUGGACACCCUGCCGCUAGACCCUGACCUCCAUGAGCCCUACAUUCCUGACAUGACUUAUGAUCCAAGACAGACCUACCCUGAGCCACUCUAACAG